AUGACGACAAAGACAGCUACCCAGAAGGUAGAGCUCCCCAAUCCUUCCUUCGUGCUGCAAGCACCCAACAAAGUUGUCUACGAGGACAGGCCCAUCCCCGAUCUCCCUUCACCAUACGAUGUCAUUGUCAAGCCAAAAUGGACUGGUAUUUGCGGGUCAGAUGUGCACUACUGGGUUGAGGGACGCAUCGGACACUUUGUCGUUGAGUCACCCAUGGUCCUCGGUCAUGAGUCCGCUGGAAUCGUACACAAAGUUGGCGAUAAGGUCAAGUCACUGAAAGUUGGCGACCGCGUGGCAAUGGAACCGGGUGUGCCUUGCCGUCGCUGCGUACGCUGCAAAGAGGGAAAGUACAACCUUUGCCCAGAUAUGGCUUUCGCUGCUACACCCCCAUACGACGGAACGCUUGCACGGUACUAUGCUCUGCCCGAGGACUACUGCUAUAAGCUCCCAGAGAACAUGAGUCUUGAGGAGGGCGCACUUAUCGAGCCUACUGCCGUCGCGGUGCACAUCACUCGACAAGCAUCAAUCAAGCCGGGAGACUCUGUGGUUGUAUUCGGUGCCGGUCCCGUUGGUCUGCUAUGCUGUGCUGUCGCAAAAGCAUAUGGCGCAAAGAAGAUCGUCACAGUCGACAUCAACGAGCAGAGACUAAACUUCGCACUCCAGUACGCUGCGACGGACAAGUUCAGCAGCGCACGAGUCAGCGCGGAGGAGAAUGCAAAGAACUUGAUCAAGGACUGCGAACUCGGUCCUGGCGCGGACGUCAUUAUCGAUGCGUCGGGUGCGGAGCCGUGUAUCCAGACCGCGAUCCACGCGCUGAGAAUGGGUGGAACUUAUGUUCAGGGCGGCAUGGGCAAGCCAGACAUCAACUUCCCCAUCAUGGCCAUGUGCACCAAAGAGCUCAACGUCAAGGGCUCUUUCCGCUACGGCGCCGGCGACUACCAAACCGCCGUCGAUCUCGUUGCUGGCGGGCGCAUCUCGAUCAAGGAGCUGAUUACCGGCAAGGUCAAGUUCGAAGAUGCGGAGAAUGCGUUCGCGCAGGUCAAGAAGGGUGAGGGAAUCAAGCUGCUUAUUGAGGGACCUGAGGAGUGA